CGCCAAUGAUGACGUCAUCGAUGACGUUUCACGGGCUGCUCACAGCGACCGCGGCCUUAAGUGGAACGAGACAGGGGGUGUUGCGAUCGUUGCGAGCGUUAAGUGGAACGCACCCUAAGCCAGUGGAAGCCUGAAAUCCCCAGAUAAAGAAGAAUACUUAAAAUUCAAAAAAUAUGGAAAUAGCUAAGAUUCAGAGCUCCUUUAAUAAUCAGAAAAUUGAAAUCACACCUCCUCAUAAUGCAUUGUAUUUUAAAUUCUAAUGAAUUACAAAUACGUGAUCUACUACACUCAACGAUCUAAUGCUAAAACUACGAAUGUGGCUCUUGAUACUGUGGGGCAGAUAGUUUUAAAAAUGUUGGUGUACGAUGUGAUGCAUAAAGAAAAAGUCUAUGAACUUAUAGCAGGCGACCUCAGGGGUCUUGGGGUUAAAUACCGUUUCAAGAAGAAUGCUAUCAAAACUGAAAAGCCUGAGAGAUCUGGAAAUGCUUUGAGAAAAGUAUUCAAGACGCAUUUGUCUUACCUACCACUGGACGUGGUAAAUCUGUCCUCUGGUGCUAUUGUACAUGUUCCUUCAUUUGUUAGCCAAGCAAUUGCAUACUUGGAGCAAUUCCUCAAUCAGGAAGGAUUGUUCCGAAAAGCUGGCUCACAGAUUCGACAAAAGGAACUGAUCGCUCGGGUUGAUAAUGGUGGCACUUUGCUGGAGAAACAUCAAGCUGUCGACGUUGCUAAUGCCUUGAAAACAUUCUUUCGGGACCUUCCUGAACCCUUGAUACCAUAUUGUUAUCAUGAUUUAUUUGUACGGUGUGCAAUGCUGAAGACUAAUCGUAUAGAAGCUUUGCUAUUGGCAUGUAUAUUGUUACCACCGCAUCAUUUAAAUACACUGGCAUUCUUUAUGGAUUUCUUGAAAAAAGUAUCCACUUUUGAAAAACAAAAUAAAAUGGGUAUUGACAAUCUAGCUAAAGUUAUUGGACCGAACAUUAUGCCUUUACAAGAGCCAACUAUGGCUGCUGUUCAAGCCAGACUCGAAAUACAUUUGGUCAUAGUAAAGAUUUUAAUUGAUAAAGCUGAAUGUAUUGGAGUUUUAUCAGAGCACGUUACAGAAGUUCUCACCGGAGAGGUAAUUGGCAGUAUUGAAGCUGAACUAGAUCGAUCUGAUCCUACACUACAUUCUAAAAUAAAUAAAAAGAAAAAACAUCGCAGUGGCAGCCUUACACGUAAGCCACAUCUAAGUGCCUCGAACCUCAAUCUAAGGAUGAUUAAUGGUCUGAAGAAAAUAGUCGGCAAGAGUGGUUCCCCAGUUGAUUCAAGAACAGGAAAUACUAAUUCGGUACCGGAACCUAAUCCGGCUCAUACGCCAUCCAUUAAAGUUGGUAAAAAGCGCAAAGUGAUGGAAACAACAGCUCCACUAAGUAUAAAGAAAAUGCGAGUUUUAUUGGAAGUAAUGCCUGACAAUACUUGCCUCCGACCUCGUCAUUUGUUUGCUUCUCCAGUUUCUAGCAAUCCGAACCCAAUGAAGGACAGAAGCCCGUUACAGAAAUCGAAAGUUCGCAAGUACUUGUCGCACAAGAUUCAUUCAGAAACAACUGUUGGAGAGAAAUUGGACAAGUCAAAAAGGCUUAGACUGAGCUUAGAUCGUCUGGUCUCUAGAAAUAAGAAGGUGGCGGAUGUGGAUACACAGUCUUGCAAAGAAUCAUGUAGUAGUCCUCGUCUUGAAAGACGUUGGAGUUCAGCAAGCAGCGGUUCCAGCUCUACAAAAAAGCGUAAGACACAGAGCGACGGGCUAUUGCAGUUGAUGUCGCCGACGAAGGAAAACGAAGAGGCGGAUGCUGUUAAUCAGAAGGAUUACGAUCAAGUCUUCAUGGAUGCCAACGUCAACUUAUCCGAUGACGGCGGCGAGCAGGUCUUGCAGGAAAUAAAUAAAUCAGAUCUGAAGAAUAGAAUUAAGUGUAUGCGCACUGGAUCCAGGAGGUCCAUGGAGAUGUUUUACGUGACCAAAUUACCUGGUGAUUAUCAGCCGUCAAAACGAAAAAGUCAGUUACAUACGACGAAUGAUCUCGGCGAAGAGUAUGUCCGAAUACCCAAAAGUGAAUAUGAGGAAAUUAAGAGUAGAGUAUCCGCCAUUGAAACUAGAAUUUCUCAAGAAUUUGGAUGCAUUUCGGGCGAUGUUGCUGAUAAUCUGGCUGACUGUUCUGCCAGCAAAGUGCAAAGUGAAUAUGAGAAAACAUUAGAAGAGGCUAGCAUAGAAAAUACUGUUACUGCUGAUCAUUUAGCCAAGAGACUUGGCAAGGAACUGAAGAUCAGACGGUCCAGCGAGCACAAGGUAAUAAGAUCACCUAGUGCUAGAAAGAUAGGGAAUCUAAGAAGAAGAUCCCAGGAGAAACCUAGCAGUAAACAUCUCAGUCGCAAUGCUUCCUGGCAUAUACCCAACAGAUCUGAUCUCCAGCACCUAGUGCAGACAUCUCCACAUUUAAAUAAUUUAUAUACAAAACCCAUACGGAGUCGCCCUAAGGCAAUUUCCACGCGUCCUAGUUCGACUUCGUCAGAGUCCUAUAUAACAUCAGAAGCCGAUCCAAUUUGCAGUGACGAGACUAACGCCAGAUUAAAUUAUCUCCAAGAACAGCUUCAUACUUUAAUAUCACACACUGCCGAGCACACAAGAGACUCGUUGAGCGACGACGAUGGAAAUGCCGUCGACAAUGACCUCUUCGACAUGAGAGAUUCAAACAUGUCGCGAAACGUACGCCGAGCUUCCUCGUUUCAUGGUGGAGAUUUCAUAGAUAAUUCUCAAUACUUUAACAGAAAGGUGAGAGAACUGAAAAAGACUAAUAGCCAACAGAAUAUCGCCGUGAAUAAUAACGUUCCUGUUAAAACCGUAUCAGAUAGUAGUAAAGAGAAAACAAUAACGUGGAAAGAGGCUGACGGUUAUUUCAAGUCUGACUGCCGUUUCCAAACACCUACACAGCAAACUGGUCGAGCAUCAGUAGCAAAGCUCCGUACUCAAAACGCUGGUAUGGUCUUGGCAAAAGCUAAAUUAUUCGAUGAAACCACAGCAAAGGCUUCAGGCAGAUACGAUUCUGCUGCAGAGAAAAAACAUGCUCAACCAAAUCCACACAGAAGACAGCCAGUAAAGCUAUCAAGGAUGAGAGAAUUCAAAAGCCUUGACCUAGACUCUUCACCUGUUCCCAAGAGAACAGCGGUACCACGUAGAAAGCACAGUAGUAAAAGUCCAAAAAACAAUAAUGCAAAACUAAGAUUAGUCCAUUCACCAGGCCCGUCCCCACUCAUUAAGAUGGAAUUGACCAUAGUCCCGCAACAGAAUCCACGAUCGAAUUCAGAGAAACGUUUGAAUCGUCGAAACUCCCAAAAAUUCGAGAAUCACUCUCUAGGAUUGGCUAAAAAUAAUCUAAUCUUAGAUCAAGGUCAGGUCAAGGAGGAACCAUUUGAUAAUAUCGCUAGUCACAAAGAGAACAGACCAAGAAGGUCUCCACCGUCUGGUGAAAAGGUAUCGGUUAAUGGGAUGCUGCAAGAAUCCAAUAUUAAUAUUUACAAACCUGACUCUAGUGCGACGUGUAAGACUCCACACAUAAAGAGACCUUUAACCUUGAAAACACCCAAGAGCUCAAGGUCAUUGGCCAGGAGACCAGCAGUCGAUUCUAGAAGGACACCGAUGAAGGCUGUGGCACCGUUGAGUACACCCAAACGGCAGAGUCCUAGAACUCUUCUUAAGACUAGACAGCUAAGUAGACACGUGACAUAGAAUUUGGAACUAUGACUACUUGAUGACUGACUACGAUGACAAAUUAGUAAUAAUAGAGAAAGGCGACAGAGAUAUUUGCAUGAAUUUAUAAAUGGAGGAGAUAGAUAAAGGGGUAAUGACACACAGCCAUAAUAUUUUAAAUCUCACUUAUUUCUGUACUGUCAAUCAUUGUACUGAACAUUGUAUUUGUACUAUUGCGAUAAUGAUUUAAUAUAUCUUUAUAAUAUUACGUCGGCGUAUAAAAUCUACUUCUCCUUAAUUAACGAUACGUCAACAAAGUCGAAAUAAGACGAAGGAUUUUUCAUGUAAGGAACUUUGGUUCUUAAAUUAUGAAUAAUUAAACGAUUAGACCAGA